AGACUAAGCGGGGGCAGCAAGAGUGAAGAGGAUAAGGUAAUUUUUGUGAACUUUUCUUAGACCUUCCCCUGUUUAGGUAUUGAAAUCGGAAGCUGAAUCCAAAUCAUUCUCUCUAUGAAAUUCUCGUUUGCCCUAAUAUGUUCAAUUUUGAAGAUGAGCUCAUACUUCAACCCCGAGUUUCGUGGUUAAUCUGGAUUCAGCUUCUUCUUCUUAUCCUCCUCUUCGCGCUUUAUUGUCUCACCAUCUUCGCCAUUGAUUUCUCCAAAAUCGAUACCGUCGGCAACUCCACUGCCGCCAUUGCUUCUUCUUCUUCUACUUCUAAUAGUCGCUUCGUUUCUGAAAUUGCUCACAACCACAAGAAUGUUUCUAUGCACAAUAUCAGGAUUGAUUCUGAUCCAUCGCGGAAUGCGCAGGCCAAUAUAGAGCAAAGCACGCGGGGGGAGAUAGUGUGGAGUACGAGUAGGAGAAUCACGCAAACGGGAGAAGGCAGUGUGGUAGGAGGGGAAGGCUGUGAAGAAACCAAGUUAGAACUUCACCCUUGCAGUUAUUUCAGGCUUGCUAAAUCAGCUUUCCUUAGGUGUCUGGGGUUGGACUCUUCAACUGAGAACUCGGUCCCGGAGGAAAGACAGAGACCGGAGUCGACAAAGUCGAAACGAAGUUGAUGUAUGUGUCCCUUUCCCUAUGAAAUGAACUCAUAUCCAUUUUUUGUUUUAACGUUUCUGUUUUAGAUUAAUCAAAUGUAGUUUUGUAGCUUUUGGAAGCCUAAUUUUGCUAAUAUUGGUUGAAAUAUCAUUCAUAAUAGUGCUGCAAAGUGCAAAUAAAAUAA